GAACCUGCUUUUGUAAUCUUCACAGGCAGCAAAGAAACAAGCUAACCCCAAGAAAAAGGCCCCACCGCCUCCAAAAGAGGUGGAAGAGGAAUCCAGUGAAGAAGAAAGCGAUGAUGAGGUAAGACUGACUGACCACUACUGUGGUCAAGAUAAAGGACACGUAAAAAAAACGGACUUGUUUUGUUAAUAUCCAUUAUUUUCCAGCCCCCACCAAAAGCAGUAGCCAAGAAGGCCGUUGCGCCAGCACCUAAAGCAGCUAAAAAUGGCAAAGCAGCAAAAAAAGCAGAAAGUGAAGAGGAGGAUGAUGACUCUGGUAAGAACCUACUUUGACAGACCUACAUUUUACAUUUGCAAAACUUCGUAAAAAAAAAAAAUUGUAGUUAAUAUUAAUUUAAGGUCUCACUCAGCAGCAUUAAACACUUCCCUUUUAUUAUUCAGUUUAUUGAAAUUGCAUUAUUUGUACAGCUAUUUACGUACCAUCAAAGAUGGCAAAUUUACUGAAGAAAAAUUUAAAACACAACUAUUUCAGCCACACCGGUUGCUGACAGGCCGCACACAAGCCUAAGAUCACCAAGCGCAAUGCCAAGUGUCGGCUGGAGUGGUGUAAAGCUCACCGCUAUUGGACUCUGGAGCAGUGGAAACACGUUCUCUGGAGUGAUGAAUCACUCUUCACCAUCUAGCAGUCCGACGGACAAAUCUGGGUUUGGCGAAUGCCAGGUCAACGCUACCAGCCCCAAUGCAUAGUGUCAACUGUAACGUUUGGUGGAGGAGGAAUAAUAGUCUGGGGCUGUGUUUUCAUGGUUCAGGUUAGGCCCUUAGUUCUAGUGAAGGGAAUCUUAACUAUACAGCAUACAAUGACAUUCUAGACGAGUCUGUGCUUCCAACUUUGUGGCAACAGGUUGGGGAAGGCCCUUUCCUGUUUCAGCAUGACAAUUCCCCCGUGCUCAAAGCGAGUUGCAUACAGAAAUGGUUUGUCGAUCGGUGUGGAAGAACUUGACUGGCCUGCACAGAGCCCUGACCUCAACCCCAUCGGACACCUUUGGGAUGAAUUGGAACGCCGACUGCAAACCAGGCCUAAUUGCCCAAAAUCAGUGCCCGACCUCACUAUUGCGCUUGUGGCUGAAUGGAAACAAUUCUCUGCAGCAAUGUUACAACAUCUAGUGGAAAGCCUUCCCAGAAGAGUGGAGGCUAUUAUAGCAGGAAAGGGGGAACCAAUUCCAUAUUAAUGCCCGUGAUUUUGCAAUGAGAUGUUCUACAAGCGGGUGUCCACAUACUUUCCUUACCUUAGAAAAAAUGUAGGGGCGUGGAUCAGAAACAGUCAGGAUCAUGUGACUACCAUUUGCCUCAUGCAACAUCUCCUUCGCGUAGAGUUGACCAGGCUGUUGAUUUUGGCUUGUGGAUAUGUUGUCCCACUCCUCUUCAAUGGCUGUGCGAAGUUGCUGGAUUUUUACGGUAACUGGAAUCUGCUGUUUUACCCGUCGAUCCAGACCAUCCCAAACAUGUCAAUGGGUGACAUGUCUGAGUAUGCAGGCCAUGGAAGAACAUGGACAUUUUCAGCUUCCAGGAAUUGUGUAGAGAUCUUUGCAACAUGGGGCCGUGCAUUAUGCUGAAACAUGAGGUGAUGGCGGAGGAUAAAUGGCACGGCAAUGGGCCUCAGGAUCUCGUCAUGGUAUCUUUUUUUCAUUGAAAUUGGCAUCGAUAAAAUGCAAUUGUGUUGGUUGUCCGUAGCCCAUACCAUAACCUCGCCGCCACCAUGGGGCACUGUUCACAAUGUUGACAUCAGCAAACCGCUCGCCCACACGACGCUAUACACGUGGUCUGCAGUUGAGGUAGGUUGGAUGUACUGCCAAAUUGUCUAAAAUGAGUUUGGAGGUGGUUAUGGUAGAGAAAUGAACAUUUAUCUCUCUGGCAACAGCUCUAGUGGACAUUCCUGCAGUCAGCAUGCCAAUUGAACACUCCCUCAACUUAAGACAUCUGUCAUUGUGUUGUGACAACUGCUCAUUUUAGUGGCCUUUUAUUGUCCCCAGCACAAGGUGCACCUGUGUAAUGAUCAUGCUGUUUAAUCAGCUUCUUGAUAUGCCUCACCUGUCAGGUGGAUGGAUUAUCUUGGCAAAGAAGAAAUGCUCACUAACAGGGAUGUGUGCACAACAUUUGAGAGAAAUAAGCAUUUUGUGCAUAUGGAAAAUAUCUGGUAUCUUUCAUUUCAGCUCAUGAAAAAUGGGACCAACACUACAUGUUGCCUUUAUAUUUUUGUUCAGUGUAUGAUGUUCUGGUCAAUGAAAUUACCCUGAUCCUUCUUACCAUAUCAGAAGAAGAGUCUGAGGAAGCCCCCCCACCCAAGAAGGCCCCAGCCAAAGCCACACCAGCUAAAAAAGCCCCAGCCAAGGCAGAGGAGUCUGACGACGAUGAUGAUGGUAUGUCAGCUUUUUAGUGGAUACAACAUGAAUGUGACCGGACAAUAAACAAUGCAUGGGGGUUGUGGACAUAUGUCUUUAAUGGUUUGAAAGAUGAUAAAUAGACCUGACUACUAGUAACCAGGAUCCCCCUCCAUUUCUUGGCACACCUGUAGUUGCUCAGUACUCAUGUGUGAUUUGUACGGAGGUAGAACAAAGCCAGUGCUAUGUCUUCGGUACCAGUGUGUGUUUAUAGUCUGCUGGUCCUAUCCUCAAUCGCUGGCACACUUGAAAAUACGCAAUGGGGCCUCAUCUUCAGGUAGGUUUACCAACUAUACUGCAAACGUUCAUGGUUGUUACUCUUUUGUCUGUAGAUGAUGAAUCGGAGGAGGAGACCCCACCUCCCAAGAAGGCAGCUGCUAAGCCCUCCAUGAAGGUCACCGCAGCCAAGGAGGAGUCUGAUGAGGAUGAUGGGGAUGGUAAGGAUGGGGGCACACUGCCUAUCGUAAGCAUUGUGCGUAACAUGAUGACCAAACCGGCCACAUUGCGUGCGUGAGUGUUGCAAAAUGUACAUGCGUGUUAUUCAACCAUUUAAUCCAAACUGCUCGCGGGCAUCUGCGUAAUGGGCGUUAAAAUAGAACUUGGUUCUAUUUUAGACGUGCUGCAAAUCCGCCUCUCCCGUCUACUCAUUGAGUUUUAUGAGCAUAUAUCCACGUGGGUGAUUUGACAGAUGAACGAGGUCCACACGCCAGUCCAGUUGGUGGUGGUAAUGCACCUAAAGGUUGGUUGCCAACCACCAUAUAACAUCCACAGAAGAACGCUGAACGAGGAGAGUUUUCUUUGAUUAAACUAAAAACGAACUUUCCUUUUUAUCUGUGGAUGAAUUGAGUAGAGAACACAUGAUUUUGUAUGCCUCUAAAUGGUCAAAAUGCUACAAAGUAAAACUAAACGGACCAUAUGCAUUUCAGGUAAAUUAACAACCCAAUGUUUAUCUCCCAGGACAAAUUAGCGAGCAACAGCAAGCUAGCGAAAUGUCCAUUAACGUUUCUUGUGUAUUUCGACCUGUCCCCAAAUGAAUAUGGUUGUUUUUUGUUUUUAACCUGCGUGUCAUGAAAGCGUCUGGUGGGGAAAGACAAAAUCAACAUGCAGACGCAUGUGCGGAGCCAGUUUGGUCAGCAUGUAAAUCUUGUGUCUAAAUAAUGGGUGGCAUGUAAAAUCAUGGUAGUACUUUAAAUGUGGUACAGGCCGCGCUUGCAGAUGGAUAUAGUGGUCAGCUGAGCAUGCACUUGAUCAACAAGGGACUUAAGUGACAAAUACAUUCAGUAUUAUUUGAUCUGAUGUACGCUAUUGCUGGUCAGUAAAUUACCUAUAGUUAUUGAUACUCUGAGACUAAAGACAUGUCAUGCCUUCCAGACUCUGAAGAAGAGGAGAUGGACACCACCACAGCAAAAGCAAAGAAAGCAGGCAUGGUCAAGGCUAAGGAGGAGUCUGAUGAAGAGGAUGAUUCCAGUGAGGAAGAUGGUAAGUACAAUUGUGACUACUGUCUACUAUCUUUAUACUUUCGUUUGUCAUUUAUUUGGCGAAAGGGUUGACUUGGGCAUGGACUAAUGGUGUGUUUUAAGACAACUUGUAACCUCCACGUUUUUUGCAUAUUGGUUGUUUCUGAUGUGUACCAAGUGGGGAAACUGAGCUCAUCUUUCAGCGUUUCCGAGUUGUCUUCAGUGCUGCAUCAGGCUGCCAUUUUGUCCUGUCAUUGCAGCGUGAUGUUAUUUCCCCUAGCCCAUGCCUCAAUAUUUUGGUGUUUGUAUAUCAAAGGGGAAAUGGCUUGGCCUUGCUUUUGGCUUUGGGAUUGAAAUGUAUCAAGGCCAUAUUUUUAUCAGGACCAGUUAUGAUGCAAAACAUUUCUGACAGUGAGGUUUUCAAAGAUGGUCAAGUACUGAACUGGUCUAUACCGAAGAGCAAUUGACCCCCUCACCGCUGUCAUUUGGUAAAGGUUUCUGGGUCCUAAGCAGGCUGUUUUGUUCCACAGAGGCCCCAGCAACUCCUGCAAAGAGGAAGGCGGACAACAAAAACGAGACUCCACUUGCCAAAAAGGCCAAAUCAGAAGGCGAAGGUAGGCCUCAAAUCCCAGCUUGUGCAACACUAGUUCAAACACAGAACCACAGCACGCAUGAACAAGGGACUUAAUACUGACUCAUUUGAUGUCACCUUUAUAUUAUCCUGUUAAAAUACACUGUACAAAACAUUAAGAACACCUGCUUUUUCCAUGUUAUAGACUAUCCAGGUGAAAGCUAUGAACCCUUAUUGAUGUCACUUGUUAAAUCCACUUCAGUCAGUGUAGAUGACUGGGAGGAGACGGGUUAAAGGAUUAAGCCUUGAGACAAUUGAGACAUGGAUUAUGUACGUAUGCCAUUCAGAGGGUGAAUGGGCAAGACAAAAAUGUAAGUGCCUUUGAACGGGGUAUGGUAGUAGGUGCCAGGCGCACCGGUUUGUGUCAAGAACUGCAACACUGCUGGGAUUUUCACGCUCAACAGUUUCUUGUGUGUAUCAAGAAUGGUCCACCACCCAAAGGACAUCCAGCCAAUUUGAGACAACUGUGGGAAGCAUGGGCCAGUAUCCCUGUGGAACGCUUUCGACACCUUGAAGAGUCCAUGCCCCGACGAAUUGACUGUUCUGAGAGUAAAGGGGGUGGGGUGCAACUCAAUUAGGAAGGUGUUCUUAAUGUUUUGUACACUCAGUGUAUGUUGUCAUUGACAAUUUCAAAUGUUACAUAAUUUAGAAAUGUUUUUAACCCCCCCCCCCCUCCCCCAGAAACAUUUUGUCUAUUUGUCGGCAACCUGAACUCAAACAAGGACUUUGAUGAAAUCAAAGACGCUUUGGCAGCUUUCUUCUCAAAGAAGAACCUUGAAGUUCAGGACGUGAGACUUGGUGCAUCAAAGUAAGUGAUGGUGGUCUCCUACGUUAUGAGCCAUUUUGGACUUCUGCUGGUCCUAUCCUCAAUCACUGGCAAACUUGAAAAAGACGAGGCAGCAAUGCUGAAUUUAUGGGUUUUAUAUGCAGUCUUCUAAUGGAUACCUUUAACUUUCGCAUCAGGAAAUUUGGCUACGUAGACUUUUCCUCAGCACAGGACAUGCAGACGGCCAUGGAGUCAUGCAAUGGCAAGAAGUUCAUGGGACAGGAGUUGAAACUGGACAAAGCCCGCAGCAAAGAGAACUCCCAGGAGGACAAGAAAGGUGAGGGCCUCCCUGCAGACAGUAUUAUUAUAAUGUACUAUCACAACGUGCUCUUUGUAAUUGUCGUAAGAAUAUACUUGCUCACUGUCUUGUAUCGCGAAACAGAUAGGGACGCACGGACAUUGUUUGUGAAGAACCUGCCCUUUUCGGCCACGCAAGAUGACCUGAGGGAAGUGUUUGCGGAUGCCGUUGAAAUCAGAAUACCCCCAGGCCAGGACGGUUCCAACAGAGGGUGAGGACAUGUUUCUUUCCUGGUUAGAAUGUAUUUGCGUAUUGUAUCUGUUUACCUCUGAUUGGUAAAAAGAACCAUGCUGCAUUAUUUCCCCCCUCACAGCAUUGCUUACAUCGAGUUCAAGACAGAGGCCAUUGCAGAGAAGAUGCUAACGGAGGCCCAAGGCGCCGACGUUCAGGGACGCUCCAUCAUGGUUGACUACACAGGUGACAAGAGCCAGAAAGGUGCAAGAACACCAGGUAAGAAGCACCGACUAGGUUGGCAAUUUUAUUUUGUCAAUCCGGACCAGUCGUGAUGCCAACUUUUCUUCCUGAAACACGGAAGAUUUCAAAGAUAGUCAAGUGCUGAACUACUGGUUGCUGCAAAAGCUACUUUCGUAGUGCUAAUGCACCCCAACAUCCGCGCUGACUACUUGUCUGCCUCUUUCUUUCCUCAGCCCAGGCAGCUGCUGAAAGCAAGACCCUCAUUGUCAACAACCUGGCCUACAGCGUGACAGAAGACUCCCUCCAGAGCGCAUUCGAGGGGGCAGUUUCCAUCAGAGUACCACAGAACAACGGCAGACCCAAAGGGUUAGUGUGGGUGGGAUUUCACAUUGCACAGCUGCAUCACCCUAAUUUCUUAACAGAUUAGUUUGGGGCUUAUGGCAAACCGUGGUGUCUAGAUCUCUAUCGGAUGUGACCUCAUGGGUGGGUCAGACCGCAUCCCCAGGGCUUCUCAUGAGCUCCUUGUCCAAUCAGUGGCGGCGUAUAGAUUUGCACGAAGUAGAGCCAAAUCACAGGUUGAACAGGCACCUCCAAAUGGGUGUUGCCCAUGUCCGCUGUGAAACAAUUCAACAUUUACAUUUUAGUCAUUUAGCAGAUUCUCUUAUCCAGAGCGACUUACAGUUAGUGCCUUCACCUUAAGAUAGCUUUGUGGGACAACCACAUACAGUGGGGAGAACAAGUAUUUGAUACACUGCCGAUUUUGCAUGUUUUUCUACUUACAAAGCAUGUAGAGGUCUGUCAUUUUUAUCAUAGGUACACUUCAACUGUGAGACGGAAUCUAAAACAAAAAUCCAGAAAAUCACAUUGUAUGAUUUUUAAGUAAUUGAUUUGCAUUUUAUUGCAUGACAUAAGUAUUUGAUCACCUACCAACCAGUAAGAAUUCCGGCUCUCACAGACCUGUUAGUUUUUCUUUAAGAAGCCCUCCUGUUCUCCACUCAUUACCUGUAUUAACUGCACCUGUUUGAACUCGUUACCUGUAUAAAAGACACCUGUCCACACACUCAAUCAAACAGACUCCAACCUCUCCACAAUGGCCAAGACCAGAGAGCUGUGUAAGGACAUCAGGGAUAAAAUUGUAGACCUGCACAAGGCUGGGAUGGGCUACAGGACAAUAGGCAAGCAGCUUGGUGAGAAGGCAACAACUGUUGGCGCAAUUAUUAGAAAAUGGAAGAAGUUCAAGAUGACGGUCAAUCACCCUCGGUCUGGGGCUCCAUGCAAGAUCUCACCUCGUGGGGCAUCAAUGAUCAUGAGGAAGUUGAGGGAUCAGCCCAGAACUACACGGCAGGACCUGGUCAAUGACCUGAAGAGAGCUUGCACCACAGUCUCAAAGAGAACCAUUAGUAACACACUACGCCGUCAUGGAUUAAAAUCCUGCAGCGCACGCAAGGUCCCCCUGCUCAAGCCAGCGCAUGUCCAAUCCCGUCUGAAGUUUGCCAAUGACCAUCUGGAUGAUCCAGAGGAGGAAUGGGAGAAGGUCAUGUGGUCUGAUGAGACAAAAAUAUAGCUUUUUGGUCUAAAUUCCACUCGCUGUGUUUGGAGGAAGAAGGAUGAGUACAACCCCAAGAACACCAUCCCAACCGUGAAUCAUGGAGGUGGAAACAUCAUUCUUUGGGCAUGCUUUUCUGCAAAGGGGACAGGACGACUGCACCGUAUUGAGGGGAGGAUGGAUGGGGCCAUGUAUCGCGAGAUCUUGGCCAACAACCUCCUUCCCUCAGUAAGAGCAUUGAAGAUGGGUCGUGGCUGGGUCUUCCAGCAGGACAACGACCCGAAACACACAGCCAGGGCAACUAAGGAGUGGCUCCGUAAGAAGUAUCUCAAGGUCCUGGAGUGGCCUAGCCAGUCUCCAGACCUGAACCCAAUAGAAAAUCUUUGGAGGGAGCUGAAAGUCCGUAUUGCCCAGCGACAGCCCCGAAACCUGAAGGAUCUGGAGAAGGUCUGUAUGGAGGAGUGGGCCAAAAUCCCUGCUGCAGUGUGUGCAAACCUGGUCAAGACCUACAGGAAACGUAUGAUCUCUAUAAUUGCAAACACAAGUUUCUGUACCAAAUAUUAAGUUCUGCUUUUCUAAUGUAUCAAAUACUUAUGUCAUGCAAUAAACUGCAAAUUAAUUACUUAAAAAUCAUACAAUGUGACUUUCUGGAUUUUUGUUUUAGAUUCCAUUUCUCACAGUUGAAGUGUACCUAUGAUAAAAAUUACAGACCUCUACAUGCUUUGUAAGUAGGAAAACCUGCAAAAUCGGCAGUGUAUCAAAUACUUGUUCUCCCCACUUUAUAACAGGCAUAGAAAGUACAUUUUUCCUCUACUGUGGCUAUCAGUAGAGUAAGAGCUAGAAGGGAGGAUCAAGUGCUGGGUACGUUUUUUGGGGGGGGGGGGUUGAGGUGAGAUUGUCGAGGAGGAUUAUUUAAGAUACUGUUUGAAGAGGUAGGCUUUCAGAUGUUUUCGGAAGAUGGGCAGGGACUCUGUUGUUCUAGCUUCAGGGGGAUGCUGGCCCUUCCAUUGGGGUGCCAGAACAGAGAAGAGCUUGGACUGGGCUGAGCGGGUGCUGCCCUCAAGGAGGGGUGGGUGGGCAAAGAUACCUGAGGUGGCAGAACUGAGUGCUUGGGUUGAGGUGUAGGUUUUGAGCAUAGCCUGAAGGUAGUUAGGGGCAGUUCCUCUUGCUGUUCUGUAGGUAAGCACCAUGGUCUUGUAGUGGAUGCGAGCUUUGACUGGAAGCCAGUGGAGUGUGUGUGGAGGAGCAGGGUGACAUGAGAACUUGGAAAGGUUGAAAACCAGGCGUGCUGCAUCGUUCUGGAUAAGUUGCAGGGGUUUGAUGGCACAAGUGGGGAGCCCAGCUAACAGCGAGUUUCAGUAGUCCACACAGCAGAAGACAAGUGCCUUGAUUAGGACCUGCAUCGCUUCCUGUGUGAGGUAGGGUCAUACUCUACGGAUGUUGUAGCGCAUGAAGCUGCAGGAGCGGGUUACUGCGUUGUUUGCAGAGAACGACAGGGUGUUGUCCAGGAUCACGCCAAGUUUCUUUGCACUCUGGGAGAGCGACACUGUGGAGUUGUCAACCGUGAUGGAGAGGUCUUCGAGCAGGCAGGCCUUCCCCGGGAGGAAGAGCAGUUCAGUCUUGUCGAGUUUGAGCUUGAGGGGGUGGACUGACAUCCAAGUUGAGAUAUCUGCCAGGCACGCAAAUGCGUGUCGCCACCUGGGUGUCAGAAGGGGGGGGGGGGGGAGAAAAAUAGUGUCAUCCACAUAGCAAUGAUAGGAGAGACCAUGUGAGGAUAUGACGGAGCCGUGUGACUUGGUGUAUAGAGAGAAGAGAGGGCCUAGAACCGAGCCCUAGGGGACACCAGUAGUGAGAGUAUGUGGUGCCGACAGACCUCUCCACGUCACCUGGUAGGCCUUCCUCAAUUUUCGCUCAGCUGCCCGCAGCCCUGUUCUGUAAGCUCGCAAUGAGUCACUCAGCCACAGAGCAGGAGAGGAGGGCUGAGCCGGCCAGGAGGAAAGGGGACCGUGCAAGUCAUAGGAUGUGGAAAGGGAGGAGUAGGGUCGACAAGGCAGAAUCAGAAGACAGGAGGGAGAAGGAUUUAGGAAAAGAGAGAUGAUAGAAGAGAGUAGUGGGAGAGCGAAGAUUGUGACUGCGCAUGACCAUCUGUGUAGGGGCUGAGUGGUUAGGGUUGGAGGAAAGGGAGACAGAAAGGGAAACCUAGGGGGGUUGCAGUGAGAUUAGACGAGCAGCCUCUAGUAAAGAUGAGGUCAAGCGUAUUGCCUGCCUUGUGAGUUUGAGGGGAUUGGGAAAGGGUGAGGUCAAAAGAGGCAAGGAGGGGAAAGAGUUGGAACGAAAUGAAUCGAAGGCAGACGUCGAGAGGUUGAACUCGCCAAGUACGAAGAGAGGUGAGGCGUCGUCAGGAAAUGAGUUUUUAAAGGUGUCAAGCUCAUUGAGGAACUCUCCAAGGGCACCUGGUGGGGGAUUAGAUGACAAUGUUAAGCUUGAGUGGACAAGUGACAGCAUAGAAUUCAAAUGAGGAGAUGGACAGGUGAGCAAGGGAGAAAAGAGAAUCUCCACUUGGAAGAAAUGAGUAGACCUAUGCCACCACCGCGACGACCAGAUGCUGUCGGACUGAGAGAAAACAUAGUCCGAUGAAGAAAGAACAGCUGCAGUAGCAGUGUUAUCUGGGGUGAUCCAUGUCUCCAUCAGGGCCAAAAAGUCAAGGGACUGAAGGGCAGCAUAGGCUGAGAUUAACUCAUCGUUCUUGACCGCAGAUUGUCAAUUCCUAACGAUGCCUGAGACCUGGAAUUCCACAUGGGUUGUGUGCGUAGGGUACACUCAAUUUAAAGGGUUGCAGCCAAGGGGUGGGGAGCAUCUGUAAAGCCUACAGGGAGAGGUGUGAAAAGGUAUAGAAAACAACACCGUUGACAAAUCUACAAUAGAGCAAAAUGAGAAUCUGUAAAUAACUAGGUGAGAUACUCAAGUGAGACAUCAGUUAACAUACCCUCCCCACCACCACCAAGUGUAAGUCUUGUUCCUAAAACUAUUUGUCUAUCACUUGUGCAGGUUUGCCUUUGUGGAGUUUGAGAGCACGGAGGCGGCUAAGGAGGCGCUGGACAACCUGAAUGGCACAGAGAUUGAGGGCAGGCAAAUCCGGUUAGAGUACAGCCAGAACAGUGGAGGCAGAGACGCCGGAGGCAGAGGAGGAUCCGGUAGGUUUCAUUGCCUUAACUCAGCACACAAGUGAUGGUGGUUAGAUGCGAACCUUCUCCAUUUUGUGCCGCAGUCUACAGUUGUAGACUGUUGUAAAUAACAAAGCCAGUUGGUUUUCUUGGCUCUCCUGUAUGAUUGUAACAUUCAUGAUUUUCUUUUUCCAGGAGGUCCAACAAAAACACUGUUUGUCAGAGGGCUUUCUGAGGACACCACAGACCAAUCACUCAGAGAUGCAUUCGAGGGCGCCACUGGAGCCAGAGUGGUCACAGACCGUGACACAGGCAAUUCUAAAUGGUAAAGGGUGUUGAAACCCUUCAUACUACUGUCCUUUGACCUCUUCUCAUGAGCUCCACCAAGUGGAGCCAAAUCAGUCAAAUGGGCACCUACCUUGACCUCAGUGGUAGUUUGCCCAUGUCUGUUGUGAAACAUAAUGACUUGAUAGUAGCAAUAUGCCUUUAGAUGUUGCAAAUACAUUUUGCUUGUCUAAGGUACAGCAUCACCAUUUCAUGUUCAUAGGCUUUCUGCAGACAUGCAAUUCCAUUUCCAAGUAUCCUCUCUUAAUUUAUUUUCCUUUCCUGCUCUUCCAGCUUUGGCUUCGUCGACUUUGACAGUGAGAACGACUGCAAGGCGGCCAAAGAGGCCAUGGUGGGCGGCGAGAUUGAUGGCAGCAGCGUCAACCUGGACUACGCCAAGCCCAAGGGCGACAGCGGUGGCUUCCGUGGGGGUCGGGGAGGCUUCGGCGGUGGCAGGGGAGGUCGCGGCGGUGGAUUUGGCCGUGGCGGUGGUUUCGGCGGUGGCAGGGGAGGUCGCGGCGGUGGCUUCAGGGGGGGUAGAGGAGGUGACCGUGGAGGUGGACGUGGUGGGUUUAGAGGUGAGAUUCAGUGUUUGGCUCAUGCAAAGUAGUGUUGUGUAGCGUAGCCCCUGUUUGGACCAGAUAUGAUACUUUUUACUGUGACGUAGGUCCUGUUUAUAGUCAAUAGAAGAAGCACUGGCAGCGAUUUUUCAUGCCUUAGUGACAAAUUAAUUUGCUGCAUUCAAAGGAUUUCCGAGGCAAUAUCAAAAAUUUAUUUUAUUUUAAUGCAAAUAUUCUCAUCUGCGUUAUUCCACCAGUGGUGUUUCCACCAAACUGACUUGUUGCAGAUAAAAAUCAGUGCGUGAUAACGUGCACACAAUGUACUUUUUCGCUUACAUUUUCAUAUACCAAAAUGAAAAUGUAACUAUCGAUAGUUUGGUCACAAACUGUUGUGUUAAAUAGCAAAUGUGCAUACUCUGUUCUUGGCACGUGCGCUCUAGCCAGCAGCUCGCAGAGACAGUGCAUGUAGGCUGUGCGUGUAUUGGGUAGGCUACAUGAUGAGAUUAUGGAUAAGAGCGAGAAUAUUUUUUUUUUGUCAAACUGCAGUGAAGCAUCAAUUGUCACUAUAAUUAGACCCUCUAUAUUUAUUUGAAAGGGGCAUCAAGCUCAUCGCAGUGCACUUCCACCACCCUGUGAAGUUCAUAACUUAUUUCAUCUGUAUGCUGCUUAACUGCAUUGCCUCACAAGUUUAAUGAAUUAUGAUGGUUAUUAUAUCAUUAUUUGCGCAAUAACGCUGUUCCACCGCCAUUUCUUACAUAAUACAUUUUACCACAAUGUCGAACACAGUCAGCAUUUAUAAAAUUGUACCGACACUUUGUUUACAUCACAGCGGUCUCUUUUUUAUAUACUGAACAAAAAUAUAAAUGCAACAAUUUCAAUGAUUUUACCGAGUUACAGUUCAUAUAAGGAAAUCAGUCAAUUGGAAUAAAUCUAAUCUAUGGAUUUCACAUGACUGGGAAUAUGGAUAUGCAUCUGUUGGUCACAGAUACCUUAAAAGAAAUGGGCCUCAGGAUCUCGUCACGGUAUUUUUGUGCAUUCAAAUUGCCAUUGAUAAAAUGCAUUUGUGUUCGUUGUCCGUAGCUUAUGCCUGCCCAUACCAUAGCCCCACCGCCACCAUCGGGCACUCUGGUCACAACAUUGACAUCAGCAAACCGCUCGACCACACGACGCCAUACACAUGCGCAACAUUUGAGAAAAUGAGCUUUUUGUGCAGAUGGAUAAUUUCGGGGAUAUUUCUGUUCUUGAAACAUGGGGACCAACACUUAAGAUGUUGUUUUCCUUUUUUUUCUCCAGUGUGUGUGUACAGUGCCUUCAGAAAGUAUUCACACUCCUUGACUUUUUCAACAUUUUGUUACAGCCUGAAUUUUAAAUGGAUUUCAUUUUAGGGAUUUCACCAUGAGGCCAAUGGUGACUUUAAAACAGCGUUAACUGGCUGUGAUAGGAGAACUGAGGAUGGAUCAAUAAUAUGCCAUUUAGCAGACGCUUUUAUCCAAAGCGACUUAGUCAUGCGUGCAUACAUAUUAUUUUUUGUUUAUGGGUGGUCCCGGGGAUCGAACCCACUACCUUGGCGUUACAAGCGCCGUGCUCUACCAGCGGAGCUACAGAGGACCACAACAUUGUAGUUACUCCACAAUACUAACCUAAUUGACAGAGUGAAAAGGAGGCCUGUACAGAAUAAUACUAUUCCAUAACAUGCAUCCUGUUUGCAACAAGGCACUAAAGUAAUACUGCAAAAAAUGUGGCAAAGCAAAUUGACUUUUCGUCUUGAAUACAAAGUGUUUUGUUUGGGGCAAAUCCAAUACAACACAUUACUGAGUACCACUCCACAUUUUCAAGCAUAGUGGUGGCUGCAUCAUGUUAUGGGUAUGCUUGUAAUCGUUAAGGACAGGAGUUAUACAGGGUAGAAAAUGUAAUGGAGCGAAGCACAGGCAAAAUCCUAUCGAGAACCUGGUUCAGUCUGCUUUCCACCAGACACUGAGAUUAAUUCACCUUUCAGUAGGACAUUAACCUAAAACACAAGGCCAAAUAUACACGAGUUGCUUACCAAGACCGUGAAUGUUCCUGAGUGGCCAAGCUACAUUUCUGACUUCAAUCUGCUUGAACAUGAAUGGCAAGACCUGAACAUGUUUUAAAAGAAUGGGCAAAUGUUGAACAAUCCAGGUGUGGAACGCUCUUAGAGACUUACCCAGAAAGACACAGCUUUAAUCGAUGCCAAAGGUGGUUCCACGAAGUAUUGACUCAGGGGAGUGAAUACAUUCCUAAAAACAUGUUUUCACUUUGUCAUUAUGGGGUAUUGUGUAUAGAUGGGUGAGACAUUUUUUAAUCCAUUUUGAAUUUGGGCUUUAACACAUUAAUAAAUAAUAAGUCAAGGGGUAUUAAUACUUUCUGAAGGCACUAUGUAUGCGUGCGUGUGUGUCUGACUUUAUUCGCAUAAACUGUGUAUGGGAAUGUUGUUAUUCACUGACUGAGCAUGAUUUAUUUAAUUUUUUCUAGGUGGAAGAGGUGGCGGAUUCGGGGACAAGCCCCAGGGCAAGAAGAUCAAGUUUGACGAUUAA